UUUAAUACUCCUAAAGCCCCUAAACUUUUCCCAUUAUUCCAACCAUGUCCUUGGACAGAAUGGACUCCUCAUCGGACUCCCCGUCGACGUCGUUUAGCAACCGCGACUGGUUCUUCCCUUCCCAAUCCUUCAUAAACUCUUCCCACCAUAUCCCAAGAACAUCCAUCCGUAGAUUCUCCUCUCCUUAUCCAAAACGGGCUGCAACGCCGUCGUUUCAGAGCUUUCCGGCCAGUCCUCCGCCGCCGCCGUGGACUCCUUCAAUAUCUAAUUCUUCUCCUCCUCCUCCUCCUCCUCCUCCUCCGCCGGCUAACUACUACGCCAAGUAUGCCGGUGUACGACGCGGUUCUGCUUACCUUAGUCGUCAGUUGCGAAAUCAGAAGUCAACGAGUCAGAACGACGGCGGUGGAAUUGGUGGUCAAGGAAUUAAGAGCAAGUCCGACGACGCCGUUUCUGAGUUCAGGGAGGAUAGUAAAACGACGACGGAGCCGGCGGGUAAGAGGCUGACUGGCUUAUUCGGUGGCCGGUUGAUUGUUCGUUGGCAAACGGCUUUCACCGCUGCAGUAUUAGUAACAGCAUUUUCGUCGUUGGUGCAUAAAAAUUUUGCGUUACACAAUGAGGUUAUUCGUUUACAGGAUCAAAUUUUCAAGCUCAAUCACCGGUUACUGGUUUGCAGUUUGCUUGAUUCUAUAGAUGAUAUUGAUUCAACGACACACGACAUAAACCAUCUUUCCAACAAAAGCUUGAAAAACAUAGCUGUAGUCGCCUCACUAGCAUUGCUAUCAAUUCCAUUUCUUUUUCUCAAGUAUGUUGACUAUGUCUCGAAUUCGAGAAGAUUGUCUGACAUUCUCACAGAGAAAGUAUCUUUAAACAAGCAGCUGGCAUACAGGGUUGAUGCUUUUUUAUCUGUUCAUCCCUAUGCUAAGCCACUCGCCUUGUUAGUUGCAACAGUACUACUUAUUUGUCUUGGCGGGUUAGCACUUUUUGGGGUUACAGAUGACAGCUUAGCAGAUUCCCUAUGGUUAUCUUGGACCUAUGUUGCAGACUCAGGCAAUCAUGCUAAUUCCGAGGGCAUUGGUCCGAGGUUAGUGUCAGUGUCCAUUAGCUUUGGUGGGAUGCUCGUAUUUGCAAUGAUGCUGGGACUCGUUUCAGAUGCAAUUUCUGAGAAGUUUGACUCACUGAGAAAAGGAAGAAGUGAAGUUGUAGGGCAAAAUCACACUCUUAUCCUUGGGUGGAGUGACAAGUUGGGAUCUCUAUUGAAUCAACUUGCUAUAGCCAAUGAGAGUUUGGGUGGUGGAAUGGUUGUGGUUAUGGCUGAAAGAGACAAAGAAGAGAUGGAGCUUGACAUUGCUAAAAUGGAAUUUGAUUUUAGAGGAACAUCUGUUCUAUGCAGAAGUGGAAGCCCUUUGAUUUUAGCCGACCUGAAAAAGGUAUCUGUCUCUAAGGCUCGUGCAAUUGUCAUUCUUGCCGAAGAUGGAAAUGCCGACCAGAGUGAUGCUCGUGCCUUGCGGACAGUUCUAAGCUUAACAGGAGUCAAAGAAGGACUAAGGGGACAUAUAGUGGUCGAACUGAGUGAUCUUGAUAAUGAAGUCCUUGUUAAACUUGUAGGUGGAGAUCUAGUUGAAACAGUUGUCGCACAUGAUGUAAUUGGGCGGCUAAUGAUUCAAUGUGCUCGGCAACCAGGCCUUGCGCAGAUAUGGGAAGACAUUCUUGGCUUUGAGAAUUGUGAGUUCUACAUCAAAAGAUGGCCUCAGUUGGAUGGAAUGCCCUUUGAGGAAGUCUUGAUUUGCUUCCCUGAUGCUAUUCCUUGUGGUGUCAAGGCAGCAUCGUAUGGUGGAAAAAUAAUUUUGAAUCCUGACGACUCCUAUGUUUUGCAAGAAGGAGAUGAAGUUCUUGUGAUUGCAGAAGACGAUGAUACAUAUGCUCCAGCAGCACUGCCUACGGUUCAGAGAGGAUAUCUACCCAAGGAUUUUAUUGUUCCAAAAUCUGCAGAGCGCAUACUUUUUUGUGGUUGGCGUCGAGAUAUGGAAGAUAUGAUUAUGGUAUUGGAUGCCUUUUUAGCACCUGAUUCAGAGUUGUGGAUGCUCAAUGAAGUUCCCGAAAAGGAAAGGGAGAAAAAGCUCAUAGAUGGUGGCCUUGAUAGCAGCAGAUUGGUCAAUAUAACGCUGGUUAACCGUGAAGGAAAUGCUGUUGUUCGACGUCACCUUGAAAGCCUGCCAUUAGAAUCUUUUGAUUCUAUCUUAAUUUUAGCUGAUGAAUCAGUUGAAGAUUCAGCAAUCCAGGCUGAUUCCAGAUCUCUUGCCACAUUGCUUCUUAUCCGUGAUAUUCAGGCGAAACGCCUUCCAUACAGGGAAGCUAUGGUUUCACAAGUUCACAGAAGUAGCUUCUCACAAGGUUCCUGGAUUGGGGAAAUGCAGCAGGCUUCAGAUAAGUCGGUUAUAAUUAGUGAAAUCCUGGACCCCAGGACUAAAAACCUCUUAUCUAUGUCAAAAAUCAGUGACUAUGUCUUAUCAAACGAGCUUGUCAGCAUGGCACUAGCAAUGGUUGCAGAGGAUCGGCAAAUAAAUGAUGUACUGGAGGAGCUUUUUGCGGAAGAGGGAAAUGAGAUGCAAAUAAGAGGUGCGAAAUUGUACCUCCGGGAAGGGGAGGAGCUGAGUUUCUAUGAAGUACUACUUCGAGCACGUCAAAGAAGAGAGAUAGUCAUUGGGUAUCGCGUGGCUAACACAGAGAGAGCUGUAAUCAAUCCCCCAGCCAAACAUGAGAAGCGAAAAUGGUCAGUAAAUGAUGUUUUUGUGGUAAUUGCUGAGAAAGAAUAAGAAGUCACCAUAUCCCUGAAACUAGUGUGAAUACUUGGAAUGGGAAGUGAUGGUAAAAGUCCAAAGAGAAUGAGGAAGUAUUAGGUUCUUGAUAUAAUCAGCAAGACAUAUGCCAAGGACAG